UCAAACGUCAUAAACGUCACUUCUCCACGUUUCUUUCUUUUUAGCCAGCUUUUUGAGUAGAAGGCAAAUCUGUCAAGAUGCAACUCCAUAUUCGUGGUCAAAACAAUCAUGUGUUGGAAGUCCAACCAACGGAAACUAUUGGAGAAAUCAAACACAAAUUGUCAAUCCUUGAAGGUAUUGAUGCCGAAGACUUUACUUUGUCAUGCGAAGGCGCCGUUUUGUCCGUUGACAAUGUCGUCUCAUCCUUGAGCAACGUCGAGCUCGACUUCAAUAUUCCAUUGCUCGGAGGUAAAGUUCACGGAUCGUUGGCACGUGCUGGCAAGGUCAAGGGACAAACGCCCAAAGUUGAGAAGCAAGAGAAGAAAAAGAAGAAGACAGGUCGUGCUAAGAGACGUAUCCAAUUCAACAGACGUUUCGCCAACGUUGUUCAAUCUUUCGGUCGUCGUCGCGGACCAAAUGCCAACUCUUCAUAAGU